GUCCCGGUCUGCGCCUCCCAGACCGUGUGGGCACCCCAGCCAUGUGCUGCUGCGGGCUCUGGCUGCUGGGCACACUGUGGCUGCAGGUGGCUGCCCCCAGCGCCCCGCUGCCCCACGUGGAGCAGUAUGAGGUGGUAUGGCCCCAGCGCCUGCCAGGACCCCGCACCCGGCGAGCCCUGUCCUCCCAGUUGGGCCUAUACCCAGAGAGUGUGAGUUACGUACUGGGGGCCGAUGGGCGCACCUUCACCCUGCACCUGCGGAAGAACAGGGACCUGGUGGGUGCGGGCUACACGGAGACCUACACGGCCGCCAACGGCUCCCAGGUGACAGAGCGGCUGCACAAGCAGGACCACUGCCUCUACCAGGGCCGUGUGGAGGGCCACCCGCACUCUGCUGCCAGCCUCAGCACCUGCGACGGCCUCAGGGGCUUCUUCCGGGCAGGCUCGGCCGUCCACCUGAUUGAACCGCUGGAUGGGGGUGGCGAAGCAGGGCGGCAUGCGCUCUACCAGGCCCGGCACCUGCGGCAGAAGGCCGGGACCUGCGGGGUCACGAACACCAGCCUGGAGAGCAUCCUGGGCCCACGGACCUCUGCAGCCUUCAGGCCCCGGAACCGGCCGCUGUCCCAAGAGACGCGCUACGUGGAGGUGUACGUGGUCACUGACAGCCAGGAGUUCCAGCAGCUGGGCAGCAGAGAAGCCGUGCGCAGGCGGGUGCUCGAGGUGAUCAACCACGUGGACAAGCUUUACCAGGAGCUCAGAUUCCGAGUGGUCUUGGUGGGCCUGGACAUCUGGAACCACAACGACAAGAUCGACGUCAGCAGCCAGGCCAGCACCACGCUGGACAACUUCCUGGCCUGGCGGGCGCAGCACCUGCUGGGGCGACACCCCCACGACAACGCGCAGCUCAUCACCGGGGUCGACUUCACGGGGAACACCGUGGGACUGGCCAAGGUGUCCACCAUGUGCUCCCGGGACUCGGCGGCUGUGAGCCAGGACCACAGCCAGAACCCCGUCGGUGUGGCCAGCACCAUGGCCCACGAGAUGGGCCACAACCUGGGCAUGGACCACGACGAGGACAUCCAGGGCUGCUACUGCCCCGAAUCUCGGGACCGUGGCGGCUGCGUCAUGGCGGCCAGCAUCGGCUCCGCGUUCCCCAGGAGGUUCAGCCACUGCAGCCAGGCGGACCUGGAGAGGUUCAUGGAGAAGCCCCGCACAGCCUGCCUGGCCAACGCCCCUGACCCCGACCGCCUGGUGGGCGGCCCCGUGUGUGGGAACGGCUUCGUGGAGCGCGGGGAGCAAUGUGACUGUGGCCAGCCCCAGGACUGCCAGAACCGCUGCUGCAAUGCCACCUCCUGCCAGCUGGCCGAGGGGGCCGAGUGUGCCCACGGCACGUGCUGCCACGAGUGCAGGGUGAAGCCAGCUGGCACGCUGUGCCGUCCGCUGAAGGAUGCCUGUGACCUGGAGGAGCACUGUGAUGGGCAGCAGCCGGCAUGCCCGGAGGACGUCUUCCAGGAGAAUGGCACGCCCUGCCCUGGGGGCUACUGCUACGCUGGGGCCUGUCCCACGCUGGCCCAGAGGUGCCAGGACCUGUGGGGGCCAGGUGCGUGGGCCGCCGUGGACAAGUGCUACGCACACAGCGUCCCGCCAGACUGCCGGACCUGGACACCCCGUAGCUCCCGCAGCGUCAACAAGUGUGGCGUCCUGCUCUGCGAGGGGGGCAGGAAGCCCCCGGAGCGAGGCUCCUGCUCUGUCACCGCGGACUCGGCCCUUUGCCAGGCGCUCGUCCUGGAGAGCGGCUCUGGAUACGAGCCUGUGCUUGAUGGCACCCGGUGCGGCCAGGAGCAGGUUUGCUGGAAGGGACUCUGCCAGGACCUCCACGUGUACAGAUCCAAGAACUGUUCCGCCAAGUGCAGCGGCCAUGGGGUGUGCAACCACAAGGCGCAGUGCCACUGCCACCCAGGCUGGGCCCCGCCGAGCUGUGCAGCACGGCUGCCCCACGCGCACGUGGCGUCCCGGAGCCUCCUGCUGCCCGUGCUGCUGCCUGUGCUGCUGCUGGUGGUUCUGGUGCUCACCGUGGCAGGCGUGGUCAUCUCCCGCAAGGCCAGGAGCCCCAUCUGGCGGAGCCCGGCCCCCAGGCCCACAGCUUCCACGGUGACCCCUAAACAGCCGCCCCCUGCUCCCCCGGCCACCAUGUGCAGCCCACCCUUUCCGGUCCCCGUGUACACCCAGCAGGCCCCAGCUCAGCUCAGACCUGCUCCUCCCCCCAAGCCCCUCCCGGAGCAGAAGCCCAAGCAGGUGGUCAAGCCGACCUGCGUGCCCCCGAUGCCACCGGUCAAGCCUGGACCCACUCAGGCAGUCGUUGGCCCCAAGGUCGCUCUGAAACCCCCUGUCCAGAGGCGGUGAUGGGGCCGGGCCCAUGAGCGCCCUGGGGUGUCCGCCCACCUGCCUGGAAGUUGCCCAUCGUUCGUGCUGGGAGCCAUGUGGUCACUGUGCCAGCCAAUGCGGCGCCUCUGCCCAGGCCCUCGGGCCCCUCAGUGGGCUGGGGCCACCGUGAGAAGGCCGAGCAGAAGAGCCACCUCCUCGUGGCCGAGGGCCACGCUUAGCUUCCCAGGGUCACAGCCCAGGGCCUUUCGGCUCAGGGCUCCGGGGCUGGGCCCCCUGCUGCUGUCCCCGCCCUCUGACCCUCGCUGUGUCCGCAGUGGUCAGCCGGGGCGGGUGUCAGCUGUGUGGCCUGUCAUGCCUGCCUCCAGAUGGCCCUGCCCUCCCCGGCGCUGAGCCGGCAGCUCGCUCCGGCGGGCCGUGGCCGAGUCAGCGUGGUCGGGCCGCCACGUGUGGCCCGUAGCUGUCGCCAGGCUGCAAGUCCUCCCAUUUCCAGAGGCCAUUUCCUCGAGAUUUAAAGGAAACCGUUUUUACGAUUAAAUUAUUUAUCAAGUUCUGUGAGAGUUUCAUUAGGUGGUUGGAAAAUGGCUCAUG